CAUACUCACUUCCGACAUCUCCCCCCUAUCAGCCCGCUGCGAUCUUCCCAAGAUUAUUUGCACGUCUAAGCGCGCAAUUGAGUAUAAAAGGGACGAACCAACUACAGAGAAUUACUCCCCUGGCGUCUUAUUAUUUCUCUUACCUUGGGCUUAUCUCCUUACAAGAUCGUCUGAGGUUUUGUUUUCAGUUCUAAAUGGAAGGAACGGUCAUCGCAGCAUCACAUAGGGUUUCGUCUCCGCGGGUUCCUACUGUUAAACCCCGACGGAAUUUCACAACUGAGAGGUCGAUUCUAAUGGACAAUGGACGCUUAGCUCUUAGGUCCUCAGUAACCAUUCGAGCACAGCAGUCAAAUUCCAAGGAUGGAUAUUCUACACUUCCUCCAAUGGAUGAUUCCAAAGGUAAUGCACUCGAGAUCAAGGAAUGGGAAGUAGGAAGAUUUCAAGAUGAAAUAGCUGCUAGUCAUGGUAUCAGAAUUAGAAGACGGCCAUCCACUGGACCCCCUUUGCAUUAUGUGGGUCCCUUUGAGUUCAGGUUACAGAAUGAGGGCAAUACUCCUCGUAACAUUCUAGAGGAAAUAGUAUGGAACAAGGACAUGGAAGUAUCACAAUUAAAAGAAAGAAAGUCAUUGUCUCUUCUGAAGAAAUCUCUUGAGAAUGCUCCUCCCGUUAGAGAUUUUGUUGGUGCUUUGAAGGCAUCUUAUAUGCGAACUGGUUUACCAGCUCUGAUAGCUGAAGUAAAGAAGGCUUCUCCAAGCAGAGGCAUAUUGAGAGAGGAUUUUGAUCCGGUUCAAAUAGCUGAAGCUUAUGAGAAAGGAGGAGCUGCAUGUCUUAGUGUUUUGACAGAUGAGAAGUACUUUAAGGGAAGCUUUGAAAAUUUAGAGGCAAUACGGAAUGCUGGAGUAAAGUGUCCUCUUCUCUGCAAAGAAUUUAUCAUUGAUGCCUGGCAAAUUUAUUAUGCUCGGUCAAAAGGGGCAGAUGCAGUUCUUUUGAUUGCUGCUGUAUUGCCUGAUCUUGACAUACGCUACAUGACUAAGAUAUGCAAAAUACUUGGCUUGGCUGCGUUGGUGGAGGUGCACAAUGAAAGGGAAAUGGAUCGUGUUUUAGGAAUUGAUGGAGUGGAACUCAUUGGCAUCAACAACCGUGACCUUGAAACAUUUGAGGUUGAUAUUAGCAACACAAAGAAACUUCUUGAGGGAGAGCGUGGAAAAAUGAUCCGGCAAAAAGACAUAAUUGUGGUUGGGGAAUCUGGGCUGUUUACUCCAGAUGACAUAGCUUAUGUACAAGAAGCUGGGGUUAAAGCGGUAUUGGUUGGGGAGUCCAUUGUAAAACAAAAAGAUCCAGGUGUAGGAAUAACUGGACUAUUUGGCAAAGAUAUAUCUUCAUGAGUACCUUCAGCCGCCUCCACCAUUUUGAUUUUCUUAUUCUUCGCCUUCUCUUGGCUUUGGUUUUGACUUUUGUGGAAGUAUAAACUGGAAGAAUAAACUGUAAUAUCUAUUGAAUAAACAAAAGUAAUUUAGCCACCAUUAUGUGGAGAGCUCAA